AUGAAAUUGCGAAGAUAAAAAUUUGUAGAUUAAGAUUAAAGAUUAUAAACGAAAUAUUUAAGAAUAUAAAUCAACAUUAUAAAUGACUUUAUUGUUGAUUAUGUUAGUAAGAUAUUUAAUAAUUUCAUUUAUAUAAACAUAAAUCCAUAAAUUCAAAUUAAUUCAAAAUUAUUAUCCUGA